AUGCUUCCCAAUGCCAACAACCAGCGGCGGAUGGGGGAGAAGAUUCUCCACCACGAGCCCUGCAUCUCCUUCUUGUCGAGCUCAUCCCGGGUGCCUCGUUGCACCGACACGGUACGACAAAAUGCCCUGCUGUUGGGUGGCUGCUCGAGGAGUCACGACGGGUCGGGGCAGGACAGCUUCGCGCAACAUUUGCCGACGUCAGGUUCCGCCAUCGCCCUUGUGGGCGUCCCAACGACCGACGCUGGCUCCGGGCCGUCCGAUGGAACUCGAACCGUUCGUGCGGCCGAAAGCGCCGGCGGAUGGGGGCAUCCGCGUGCCUCUCCGGUGGAAACAGGGAUGACCAUCAGCGCUCGCCUCGGUGUCGAAUCCCGAGUCCCUCGAGGUCGAGGCUGGAUGGCAAGCCACGACGCUCAACUCGACUCCUCCGGUGUCGUUGGUGCUUCGUCGCCGCCGCUCAACCUCUCGUGGCUUUCAGCCGUCACCAAGCUGUCCUCGGCUCGUCACUCUCCCCGCCGCGCGCAGUUCCCGGCCAGCACGGUCGACAGGGAGCAGGCUGGCUUCCGUAUGCAUGACACAUCGACUCGCACAGCCGAGGUGUAA